AGUGGCUGCGGUGUGGUCACCACGUCUACGUUGUCAGUACGUGGAGGGGGAGUCGUGCAGCGUGCAGCAUGUUGUAUCACCUGUUGUUGCAGACAGUAAAGACACAACAGUCAGCAGGUGUGUCACACGGUCAACCUCACCUCCUGCUGUAUCAUCUUAUUGGCGAUAAAGACGUGGAGAAGGCCGUCAACGACUUGUCACAGGCGGCGAGAGGAGAGUCGUUGUAUGUCAUCGCUGAUGAAGUAGGGAGUUAUGGCUACAGGAUCAGCAACUUUCAGACUUUGUGUGACAAGCUGCUGACACAAGUUCCUCGUCUCCAUCUGUGGGCGGCAAGUUGUUUCAAUAAAUACGCACCCACCGGCUGGCAAGUGGAAUAUUUAACCAGACCCCUCCGCUCUCCACCGGCCGUUGUCAGGGAAAUCGAGCAGGACUGGAGAAUCACUAGACACUGUGAUGUACACCCGUACAGUGAGCGAGGUGUACCCGACCACACAGACGGCCCGCCAGUCACACGACUGUAUCAUCGAGGUCAGGGUCAUUCAGGUCGCUGGCCAGGUGACUGUGUCACGUGCGGUCGUGAGUUGGCCAGCAUUCUACACAGUCUCCGUGUUGGUGUUACGGAGAGCAGCACAACAACAUCUACAACAUUGACCUCCACCAGCGGCGGCACAACACCACCCUGUGUACAGUGGAGAGACGUGCUGGUGUUGGACUGGUAUGACGGUAGUGAUCAGUCGGGUGUCGUCACAGGACUGCAAGAAGCGGGUAUCCCAGUGCAGGUGAUGAAGGAUGAGGACAUCGAGGACGUGGCCACGGCCCGCAGUGACGUGGUGUGGGUGGCGGGUGGACGUCGUGUUCGUGGUCUGGAGAGAAAAGUCGUCGUCUGUCUCAAAGACCCUGAUUAUCAGUCAAUUAAAUCUGACUUGGUACGACCGUACACCCGUAGCUCUUUCCGACUUGACCUUAUGUCCCGCUGUACGUCACAACUUGUGAUUGUCUCCCCUGAUAGCAAGGCGCUUGCAGGUGACUGACACUGACAUUAUUUUGUCACCUGCUGUAGUCACGUGUCUGUAUGUCUGACAUCAUCAAUUGUCUUCAGUCUUUUUCCUCUUUUACACUCAGUCUAUCACUACGUCAUCAACUCUUGAUGCCAUACACAUGACGUCAUUUUUUCUGACAACACGAGGUCCGUGUCUCUGUUUAUACAACAACUAGUGUCAACAUUAAUAUCAUACGGUAUGCACACUGGAUCUUUUUAACACAACAACAGUGUAAAAUUUAAAAUUCAUCACAAUGAUACUCAUAAAUAAAUUAUUUAGAGUAUAUUCACAUUAAGUUUGUCUGUUUGCAGAUGUACGUGUUUGUGAGUGGGUGUGUGUGACUGUGCCAUCACAUACGUGGGUCAGUCUACAAGUGUGAUAUGUGUGUGAAUGUGUCAGUCUACAGAUGUGAUAUCCGUGUCAAUGUGUCUAUGAGAGGUUAAAAAAGUUAGUAAUUAAACUUUUAUUUCAUGAGAACCUUUUUAAAGAAUCUUGGUUGCCAAAUCAACAGUAGGAUUUUCUAUAAAAGGUAUUGUCUUUGUUUAUAGAAAGUGCCUAUAGGUCUGUAGACAAUUUUAUCGUAUAAAAACAUCGUCAAAACAGAUUCUGUUGUUUUAAAAAUGAUAAUGGUGAGAAUUGUUAAAGCGUAAUAUCUCCGCCAAAGGAAACUCAGUGCCGUGAACAAGAUCCC